AUGUCCUUCGUCUCGGCCCGCACAAGCUCCCGCAGCAUCUCCUCCACCAGCGGCAUGAGCCUCGCGGGUGCACAGAUGUUCGGGGGGAGCCAGGCGCGCAUCUCCAGCGUCUACCAGGGCCGCACGCCCAGCGUGUACGGAGGUGCAGGUGGUAUGGGCAUCCGCAUCUCCCAGGCCAGCAACGUCCUGGGCUACGGUGGGGUCACCUCGUACGGUAUCGACGCCGUGGGGGGCAGUGAGAAGAGCACCAUGCAGAAUCUCAAUGACCGCCUGGCCUCCUACCUGGAUAAGGUGCGUUCUCUGGAGGCUGCCAACAGGAAGUUGGAGAUACAGAUCAGAGAGUUCUAUGAGAAGAGGUCGCCCAUUGCAAGGGACUUCUCCGCCUACUUCGCCACCAUCAAUGACUUGCGAGCACAGAUUGCAAGAAGGUAUGCCGAGAAUCAGAGCAUCAUCCUCCAGAUUGACAACGCUCAACUGGCGGCGGACGACUUCAAAAUGAAGUAUGAGGUGGAGAUGAACACGCGUGCCAUGGUGGAUUCUGAUUUGGUUCGUCUUCGAGGGGUCCGGGACAAUAUGGUUGUUACCAUCAGUGACCUGAAAAUGCAGUUAGAGAAUCUGAAGGACCAAUUGGCACAACUCAAGAGGAACCAUGAAGAGGAAAUGAAAGCGGCAAGGCUACAAUACAAUGGCAACGUGAACGUAGAAGUGGACAGCGCGUCGUCUGUGGAUCUUUCCAAAAUCCUUCAAGAAGUGAGGGAGCAGUAUGAAUCUUUGGCGUUGAAGAACAAGCAGGAACUGGAACGGUGGUAUCAAACUAAGAUGGAAUCCCUCCAAUCAGAAAUUAAAGGUUUCACCACAGAGGUAAAGACCUUCUCUUCCCAACUUUCGGAGCUGAAGCGGACGUACCAGAGUUUGGAGAUCACAUACCAGGGUAUACUAGCAGAGAUCGAAUGCCUCCGUCAGAACCUCGAUGAAACCAGGAUGCGAUACAGCAGCCAGCUCAGCCAGUUGCAGAUGACCAUCAACAGCCUGGAGGUAGAGCUGCAGCAACUUAAAGUUUCCAUCGAGCAACAGCAGACCGAAUACAAGCUACUGCUUGACAUCAAAAUGAGACUGGAGAGGGAGAUUGCCGAGUACCGCCGUCUGCUGGAUGGAGAAGCCUACGAACAGAAAAAGCCUUUGGUCAUCAGCAAGGUGGUGGUGGAAGAGCACAAGCCCGUCGUGGAGAGGAGAGUGAAGACCAUUGUAGAAAAUAUUGUGGACGGCAAGGUGGUGUCCACCAGCGUGGACACGCAGAGUAGAGAUUAUUAA